AACGUCGCCAAGAAGGGUCUUCGACCAUCCCAAAUUGGAGUUAUACUCAGGGAUUCCCACGGAGUUGGACAAGUCUGCCGGAAACUAGAUGUUCAGGAUCCUCAAGUACAAAGGAAUGUCUCCAAAGCUCCCAGAGGAUUUGUACCAUCUCGUCAAAAAGGCCGUAACCAUCCACAAGCAUCUUUAGAGAUCCCGCAAGGACAUUGACAUCAAGUA